AUGCUUUCACUCUCCGUUCUCCUCGCUGCAAUCAGCGCCGUGUCUGCUCAGCAGGCAGGUACUCUACAGACCGAGACCCACCCGAAGUUGACCUGGCAGAAGUGCACCGCCUCCAGCUGCACUAACGUCAACGGCGAGGUCGUCAUCGACCACAACUGGAGAUGGCUUCACGAUGCCUCCGGCACCAAUUGCUACGACGGUAACAAGUGGACCAGUGCUUGCAGCUCCGCAACAGACUGCGCCUCCAAGUGCUCUCUUGAGGGGGCCGACUACGCUGCCACCUACGGUGUCACCACCUCUGGCAAUGCUCUCAGCUUGAAGUUCGUUACGCAACACGCCUACGGCAAGAACAUUGGCUCUCGUCAUUAUCUCAUGAACUCGGCCUCGGCCUAUGAGAUGUUCACAUUGACAGGUUGGUCUGGCCAAUGGAGAGGCUUUCGUAUGGACGCGGAUGGUGGCAUGGCCAAGUACCCUACCAACAAGGCUGGUGCCAAGUACGGCACUGGAUACUGCGACGCCCAGUGCGCCCGUGAUCUCAAGUUCGUCGGCGGCAAGGCCAACAUCGAGGGCUGGGUCCCGUCAUCCAACGAUGCUAACGCCGGCGUCGGUCCCUACGGUGCCUGCUGCGCCGAGAUGGACGUCUGGGAGUCCAACUCCCACUCCUUCGCCGUGACACCCCACGCAUGCACGAACAACGCAUAUCACGUCUGCGAGACGUCCGGCUGUGGCGGCACCUACUCCGCGGAUCGCUUCGCUGGCGACUGCGAUGCCAACGGAUGUGACUUUAACCCCUACCGCAUGGGUGUCACCGGCUUCUAUGGUAAGGGCAAGACGGUCGAUACUUCCAAGAAGUUCACCGUUGUCACCCAGUUCUCCAACAACAAGGUCGCGCAGUACUUCGUCCAGAACGGCGCCAAGAUCAACAUGCCCAACUCGACCAUCAGCGGCGUGUCCGGCAACGCCGUCACCCCCGAGUUCUGCACCGCCCAGUUCAAGGCCUUUGGUGACCGCGACCGCUUCUCCGAGGUCGGAGGCUUCUCCAAGCUCAACUCGGCCCUCAGCGGCAAGUGGGUGCUCGUGAUGUCCCUCUGGGAUGAUCACUACGCCAACAUGCUCUGGCUCGACUCCGUCUACCCUCCCGAGAAGGCUGGUCAGCCCGGCGCCGCCCGCGGAGACUGCCCCACCACCUCCGGUGUUCCUGCUGAUGUUGAGAGCAGUCUUGCCAGUGCCACUGUUACGUACUCCAACAUCCGCUUCGGACCCAUCGGCUCGACCGUCAAAUAG